AAGUGCAUUUAAAUCCGGUAAAGAAUUUUUCUUUCCUUCUCUUAUUUUGAGCGGGAGAAAGAGGGGAAACAUAAAACCCUAGGUGUUGCUUCGUGUUGGGAGAUUUGUUCAGGAAUUCCGAAAAACGAGGGAAGAAAAUCUGUAUUCUUAUAUCUACUCCGAAAUUGGGAGCUGGGAAAUGGAUCGCAAAGGGAGUUCUGAAGUGGAAGUGGCAUCCCUCCCUGGAGCUAUUACUGGCGGUGAUAUUACUAACUUCAAUACUUGUCUAAUUUUGAAUAAAGAUACUACUGGAAUUGUUGGUAACCCGAGUUUCAGUAUUAGGCUUGAUAAUGAUAUUAUAGUUAGUGAGAUACUAAGCAGACUCCCUGAAAUCACUUAUGCGGUUUAAGUGCGUGAGCAAACAUUGGUUGUAUCUGAUUGAAGAAGACUCCUUCUUUAUUGAUUUACAUCUCACUCGAUCAAAAGCGCGCCCAUCUCUUGUUUAUCUGAUUUCACUGCCUUCAGUCAUUAAUCAACAAUUCUCAGAAAUCAGAUGUAAGGGACAGGACGAGGUUUUCUUGAAAUCAGAUUUAUCACUUGAAGGCAUAGGCAGAGCAGACAUCCACACCAUGAGGAAAAUAGAUAUGUUUUGUUGUGAUUUUAUUUUAAGACCCAUAAAUGGGUUGAUGUGUUUUGUCGAUUAUCACAAGCAUGCUGUUUGCAUAUACAAUAUAAGGACGAGAGAAGCAUCACCCUGGAUUCAAUCAACACUGUUACUAGAUGAAAAAGAAAAGCAUCCUGAAACAAACGCUCUAGAUUACCAUGUUACUUCAUAUAAAUUUGGAUUUGAUCCUACCACAAGGGAGCACAAAGUGUUAUGCAUGUGGUAUAUAACUGUAGGAGAAGUGGACAAUUGUUUACAAGAAGAUAUGGAUGACGUUAUUGAAGUUUGGGAGAUUUUUACUUUAGGCGAUGGUUCUUGGAGAAGGAUACCUGAAGUGCCACCUUAUCUUCGUGAUAGUUUGCCUUGUGCAUAUGUGAAUGGUUCUAUUUAUUGGUGCACUGACAUGUUUAUCAGGCGGGAAAAUUGGAGCAAGCCUUCAUGUGUAGUAGCAUUUGAUUUUGGAACUGAGAAAUUUAGGGAAAUCCAAAUCCCUGAAGUUAUCUGGGAUCAACCUUUGGAUCCUGAUAAAAGCUUCAACGGUUACAUUCGUCUAGUAGAACUUGAUGGCCGUCUAGGUAUACUACGGAGGAUAAAUCCUUUUAUUUCCAAGCUAUGGAUAUUUGACGACCAAAGAUAUGGCAACGAGAAGGUCAACAAAACUAAAUCUGCAAGUGGUGAAAUUUGGAUCGACGAAACUAUCACUUCACCCUUUCCUUGGACUAAAACCUUGUCGCUUAAUGUUUAUCCUAUGGUUGGAACACGCCAAAUGGUCUUACAAACUUAUCAAGGUGCUGCUAGAUAUAUGAAUAACGUGCUCUUCAUUCUUACCAUUGGAAAGAAAAAACUUUUACAGAGAUUACUACCAGCAGGGCUCCCCUUUCAGUUCCAGAUGCUUGCUCUAUCAAAAUGUUUACUACUUUUGUUGAAAGCCUUGUGCCAGUUCAGAGGAAGAGUAGAAUGUAUGAUGGUAUAUCCUCUACAAAAAUGGGUAUGCACUCUGAAAUGAACUUUUGAUUGUUGUUGGAGCCUGGUUUGAACGUUGGAAAGUGUUCAAGAAUCAGGAAGGCUCGUUUGGGAAACGGAAAGAUUGUGAAUUUGAUACCUCCUUUUCUUUGAAAUAGUUGAUGAGUUUCUCAGAACUUGCAUCAAGUAAAGAUUGCAUUGAAGUAGAUGAAGAUUCUUCUACAUGUUUGGCCUUCUUUUGGGAGUCCUGUCUUGGUGACCUUUGACGACUAACCGACGCGUUACCUUCAGAAGGUGGGUUAUUGUGCGUUGGAUGAGCAGGUUCUAUCGCCAAUUUUUCGUCGUCUGCGGGUUCUGCAACCGAAUUGGAUUCUCCAACAUGUUCUAUGGGUUCAAUGUUGUUGUUGCCAUUACACAUGGUGUAAUCAAAACCCGAUUCAUGUUUAUAAAGUUGGUAACAUUCUUCAUGUUGAAAUGCUUUCCUAAACUGUGAUAUAUACUGAAUUCGAGCCUUCCGCGCCUACAAUUUUUUCAAAAUUCGAAAUCAGCACACACAUUUUUUCUCCGGU